GCGUCCUGCCGCAGUCUUUCGGCCGCUAGUCGGAGCGAGCGGUGGCGAGGAGCCCCCGGCCGCUCCGCCAGCACUUGCCUCUGCGGCCGCCGCUCCCACCCGCGAUCGCAGUCCAGCAGCUAGGAAGCGCCCCCUCGCAGAUUGGGCUGCGCAACGUGGGAGGGUUAGCGGUCCCGGGGACCGAUUUCGAACUUGCAAGGGGACCGCGGCUCUCCCGGGCCUGGAGAGUGUGAACAGGAUUGCCGAUUUACGAUGAUAUGGUGAAUCCCAGGGCUGGAACCAAAAAGAACUUCUCAGCUCUUUAGUUUGAACCACAGUGAAUUGUCUAUCAGCACCCAGCAUGGCUAAAAGUGCAGAGGUCAAACUGGCAAUAUUUGGGAGAGCAGGCGUGGGCAAGUCAGCUCUUGUAGUGAGAUUUCUGACCAAACGAUUCAUCUGGGAAUAUGAUCCCACCCUCGAAAAUGUGUCUGCAAUGUACUAUGCCUGUGUCAAUGAUCAUUACACGUGGCUGAUGGCAGAAUCAACCUACCGACACCAAGCAACCAUUGAUGAUGAAGUUGUCACCAUGGAGAUACUAGAUACUGCUGGCCAGGAAGACACUAUUCAGAGGGAAGGACACAUGCGAUGGGGGGAAGGCUUUGUGCUGGUCUAUGACAUUACUGACCGAGGAAGUUUUGAGGAAGUGCUGCCGCUUAAGAACAUCCUGGAUGAGAUCAAAAAGCCCAAGAAUGUGACUCUCAUCUUGGUCGGAAACAAAGCUGACUUGGACCACUCCAGACAGGAGAGACUUCAGGAGACUGUUGGAUUGCAGAGCUGAUGAAUCUGUGAAUGUGAUAUAAAGAAUAAGCACCUGAACAGCCCUGCUCUUGUGAAGGUCCUGUGGAGGUGCGUUGGGUAAUUGGAAAGACUUGAACACAAUAACAGCUAUGCUUUUAGAGUGCUUAGGUGCUAUUUUAGGCACUUUAUGUAUUCUCUCAUUCUCACAAUACCCCUGUGCAAGAGAUGGUAUUAUGAUCACAGUUGUAAGGAUGAAGAUACUGAGUCAGAAGGGAAAACAAAUUUGCACAGCUAUUUAGUGCAUAGAGCCAGGAUUUGAACCCAGUGAGGCAAAGUCAGACUGUAGAGUCCGUACUAUGAUCCACUAUGGUAUAUUAGUAGACUGAAAUAUGGUUCUUAUUCUUGAGCUGUGGGCAUGAAGACACAGGAAGGAGAAAGUUUAGGGAAGACUUGUUUCAUUUAUGCUUUCGUUUGUUCAUGAACAAAUAUUUACAGAUAAACUGGACAUGUAACUUGACAUGUUAGUCCAUUUGAUGGUUUCUGAGCUAAACAUUGAAGAAUACAGUUGACCCUUGAACAAUGGGGUGGGAGGGGGCGGGGAUGGUUAUGGACACCAAUGUUCCACACAGUUAAAAAUCUGUCUGUAACUUUUGACCCCCUCCAAAACUUAACUACUAACAGCCUAUUGUUGGCUGGAAGCCUCACCAAUAACAUAAACAGUUGACUGACACAUAUUUUGUAUGUUGUAUGCAUUAUAUACUGUAUUCUUACAUAAAGUAAGCUAGAGAAAAGUAAAUGUUAUUAAGAAAAUCAUAAGGAAGAGAAAAUAUGUUUAUAAUACUGUACUGUAUUAUCAAUACCAUACGUUUAUGUCAUUGGUUUACAAGAGGAAUCAUCUGUCAGUACCUACAGCAAUAUUUUCUUAAAUGAUACAAAACACUGUAGAUGUUAUACUUAUCACUAACACUAGAUAUCAAAAAUGGAAGGAUCAUGUGAAAAAGAAAUUUGUAUUUAUUUUAUGCAUUGAUAACAAAGAAGCAGCAAUAUGAUUGCUUUAUGGUAGCCUGGUGUAAUCAAAAUAAUUGCUUCACGAUAGCCUAGCCUAUACACUAAUGAAUGAAUCAUUAUAAAAUUUGCAUGGCAUACAGUACUGCAGUCAUGUUCAUGAUACAGUAUUGGAAACAUUUACAUUUUUUUAAAAAAACACUUACCCAUGACAAUAGGCUGACACGUAGUUUCUUCAAUUACAAGAGAGCGGUAUACUGCACUGUAAUGUAAUUCUUUGAAAACGAAGUUGUAAGAUGGUAAGAAAACUAACACAUUGUUAAUUUUAUAUUAAAUGUCACUAAAAAAAGUAAAAAUAAGUAAAUAAAUAAAUGUCAUUCACCUUAUGCCUAUGUAAGGAUAGACUAGUAUUUACAUGUUUUAUCAUUCAUGACAUACCAUUUUCUUAAUUAUUUCAAUAUUUCUUGGCCAAGUGUUUUUUGUCUGCAAGUUUUUUCAUAGUGUCACAAGUCUCCAAAAAUCUUUCCAACAUAUUUGUUGAAAAAAAACCCACAGAGAAGUGGACCCAGGCCGUUCAAACCUAUGUUGUGCAAAAGUCAACUAUACAUACAAGUUAUCCAGGAAAGAAAGAUGAUGAAAAUAUCUAGGCAAAAGGAAUAGCAUGGAACCAAAAUGUGGAGACAUGAUAGGUGAUGGUAAGUUAGUAAUGAAAGAGUUUAGAGAGCCACAUGUGUGAUUCUUCAGGAAGAAAAGAGAAGAGAAGCAGAGAGAAAGGAUUAAGAGAAAGAAAUAGGAUGAGGGAUUUGGAAGUAAUAAAAAAUGUCAAAAAUUCACAAAACUACAAGUUUAGGUAAUUAUGUAUUAAAGGACCAAGUAGGUAUCUUAGCCAUGAUUCAUUGUCAGCAAUGUCCCUUUAGACAAGGGUAGGGGAAAUGAAAGCAGAGUAAAAUUAUUUUUAAAAUGUCCAAUUCUAGAAACACAGUCUCUUUCAUUCUCUCGUACUGCACUUGGGGAGGAAGCUCAGCCAGUGCCCAUGAACUGCCCGCUCCUAAGGAGGCCGAGUGUGAUACCUGGAUGUUCUUAAGUCAAACACCAAGGAAGUGAAAUUCACAGUCACCAGCCCCCAGCGUCUUCUUAGACACGUGCAUACAAAUCCAGACCUGUUAAAACAUGGAACCACUGGCAAAAGUCCCAACUGGUAAUUACAGAAGAACAUGAGAUUGCACAAAUAUAAAUUAGUUAUUCCUUUCAUGCCUCAGGCUUCUCCACAAUGAAGAUUAUAAACAAGUUGGGUUUUUACACAGUAUUUUAAUAAUGGAAACCUGUGUGUUCUUGAACAAUAAUGAUAGGUUGUUAUCACCACACUACCGCCACCAACAUUUGCUUUUUUGUAAUUGCAUUUCUUUCAAGAGUCAAAAGACUUUUUUGCUCUAUACUGUGUUUGUACUCAUAUGCCUCACAGCACUGAGAGGAGGGACCCAUUAGUCAGGACCUUUCUUUUAAGUAAUAUGUGUAAUACAUACAUAUACAUAGAUAAACACAACAUCUCACAUUCUAAGUAUGGUACCAACCAAGCUUUCUUAUUAAAACAACCUAUGCCCACUUUGAGGGUAAGAAAGUAGUCAGUUCAUUUGGUCAAAUUUAAUCAGAGUAAAGUUGAAUUCAGUUGUCCUGAGCUAAUAACUUAUUGGGAUAGUCUGAGAAAAAAAAAAUGACAAGUAUUUUUUCUCCAUAGGUUUGACAUGCUACAUUUGGCAAAUUCCGUAUUCCCACAUAUACGGCUCUAUUUUGGGACUGUUUGUUCUGUCUCAUUGAUCUGUUUGUUCAUGCUCUAGAACUGUGGUAUGUUAAAAUUUGAGCCCGAUAAUAUAUUAUAAUUACAUGUUUUUUUUCAGAGAAGAUUUACUCUUUUACUUUCACAUAAACUUUAUGUCCACCCUGCAUUAUGAUGUAGUAAGAGUGGUAAACUUGCUUCUUUGUCACUGGAAUAAUGAUACUUCCUGCGGUGAUCAAAAUAAAGAAUAAACAUUUUGAUUUGAGCAUUACUGUACUCUGGGACUGUAUAACUGUUUGGUCUAAAAAUGGAAUCAGAAGGAAGAUUUCCUGUUUGUGCCUAGAACCCAGUGUCUAUUCUUUCCCAAGCCUUACUGAGAUAUAAUUGACAUAACAUUGUGCGGGUUUAAGGGGUAUGAUAUGAUGAUUUGAUACAUGUGUGUAUUGCCAAAUGAUUACCACAAUAAGGUCUGUUAACAUGUUCAUCACCUCGCAUGGUUGCCUUUUCUUUUUUGUGGUGAGACUACUUAAGUUUUACUCUCUUAGCAACUUUCAAAUAUAGAAAACUUUAUUUUCAACUGUAGUCACCGUGCUGAAUAUUAGAUCCCCAGAACUUAUUCAUCUUAUAACUGGAACUUUGUAUACAUUGACCAACUUCUCCUGAUUUGCCCUGCUUCCCACCCUUGGCAACCACCAUUCGACUCUCUGUUUCUAUGAGUUUGGGUUUUUUUUGUAUUCUGCAUGUAAGUGAAAUCACAUAGUACUUGUCUUUCUCUGACUUAUUUCACUUAGCCUAAUGCCCUCAAGGUCUGUCCAUGUUGUUGUAAAUGGCAGGAUUUCUUUUUUUUUUCUGGUGGAAUAAUAUUCAAGUGUGUGUGUGUGUGUGUGUGUGUGUGUGUGUGUGUGUAUCUCAUUUUCUUUGUUCACUCAUCUGUUGAUGGAUGCUUAAGUCCUCACAUGCCUAGUGUAAGGCCCUUUCAGGAUCUCCAGCAGUGCAGAUGGGAGUGUCUCUGGCAGGGUCCCAGUGCCAACAAGAUUGUUUAUAGACUGUGGCUGGGAUGGACUAGAGCCCAGUUACAAGGCCCUACAUUCUGACCAAGUUUAUCAGGCUUACCCUCAGGGGCUCUUGGACUAAGGCCAAGGCGGGCUGAAGCGAGUUCAUGAGCUACUUCUAUUAUCCAAUGCACAGGUGGGCGUAACUCCUCCAGGGUACCUCAGCAUCUGGUUCUGAUAACAGACCCAAAACCAAAGGGGCUGCAGCUGAGUUCUCACGGGUAUAGAACUGUUUCUAUGUCUGUAGCCAGGACCACAGUUGGCAAGUCAGCCACAUGGUUGUGAACCUGCCUUCUUAAAAUGGACUUCUUGGACUUCACUGCAGUUUCACAAUCUCCAACCUGGAUCCCAAAGCUCCCAUGAAGGCACUUUUUGUCCAUGAAUAAAUGUCAAAUUAUUUUUGUUGAGAGGAGGAUACAUGCAAGGGACAUCUUAUUCAGUCAUCCUGCUGACACCACUUCUAAACAAGUUAAUACUACUAGUUGUUUGGAAACUGAGCUUCAUUUUCAUGAAUGGCAAUGAAGCAAGGUUCACUUUGCUUCAGUAGGGACAGACUCUUAUUUUCAGUGUUAAAAUUGUAUCAUUCAUCUGGCCAUGAUGGAAUAACAGGAGCCAGAUUUACCUCUACAUACUAAACAACUAGAAACGAUCAGAUGAAAUAUAUGAAAUGAUGGUUUUCAGACAUUGAGCGGCAAGUAAUACAACACUGUAAUCCCUGAGAGAAGGGAAAGAAUGAGGUAAACCCUACAGUUGUGCCAGCUUACUGCCAAAUGGCAGGUUCCAGGAAGCAAUACAUGCCAAAACAGAGCCUGGCAGUCUUGAGUUAAAGAGACAAAAAUCAGAGUUUGGGGAGGCCAAGUUGAUAAGAAGCCAUGGGAAAGAAGGCCUGGAAAAGGGAGGUUUACAGAAAGUUCAAGAAGUCUUCAGAAGGGUUCCUUUCAGUCUUUGGCUGAGUAUGUAUCUUUGCAUUACUCAAGGUUGGAGGAAAAAGCACUGAAAAGCCAUAGGCCAAAAAUUGGGAGGAGCAUACAUAGGGUUGAGAAUAGUUUGUAUUCCCACUGGCCAGAGUGGAAAGACCUUGUAAUACACAGGGCAUCAGGUAAUACACAGGACAUCAAAAGGACAUUGUAUUACGUGUGAGUCUAAAUUAACCCUAGACCAGGCUGCUCUAACAAUGCUUAAAAGCAAGUCUGGGGCUUCCUAGGUAGCGCAGUGGUUAAGAAUCUGCCUGCCAAUGCAGGGGACAUGGGUUUGAUUCCUGCUCCAGGAAGAUCUCACAUGCUGCGGAGCAACUAAGCCGGUGCGCCACAACCAUUGAGCCUGCGUUUUAGAGCGGGUGAGCCACAACUAUUGAGCCCAUGUGCUGCAACUACUGAAGCCCACAUGCCUAGAGCCCAUGCUCCACAGCAAGAGAAGCCACGGCAAUGAGGAGCCCACGCACCACAGCGAAGAGUAGCCCCCACUCACCGCAACUAAAAGAAAGCCUGCACACAGCAAAAAAGACCUAACACAGCCAAUAAAAUAAAUUAACUAAUUAAUUAAUUUAAAAAAAAGGCAAGUCUAAAUUUUUUCAAACUGAGUCCAGGUAACCUGAUUUGUGCUAGAAAAAUACCCAACACACUACACAAAAGUGUACAAAAACCCAGCAAGAUAAAAAUUGCAAUGUCUGGCAUCUAGUCAAAAAUUACCAUGAAUGCUAGGAAAUGGGAAAAUAUGACCCAUAAACAGGAGAAAAAUCAGUCCAUAGAGACAGACCAAGAAAUGCCAGAUGAUAGCAUUAACAAGCAAGGAACUUAAGACAGCUAUUAUAAAUAUGCUACAUAUGCUUAAGAAGAUAGAGAGAGACAUGAACAUUAUGAGGACUGAAACGAAAGAUAUAAACAAGGCCUAAUUGUAACUUCUAGAGAUGGAAAAUACAAUACCUGAAAUAAUAAAACACUGAGUAGGAUUAACAUCACAUGAGAUCCUAAAAAAAUUACCAGUGAACUUAAUGACAUAGUACUAGAAACAAUCCAAAAUGAAGCAAAGAGAGGAAAAAAGACAAUAAUAAACAAAGAAUCAGUGACAUCUGAAACAAAAUCAAACAACCAAACAUACAUAUAAUUAGAUUCCCAGAAAUAAAGGAAAGGGAUGGUGGGAUAGAAGAAACUAUUUGAACAAAUAACAGCUAAAACUCUCAAAUUAUAAGCUUACAGAGCCAAGAAACUCAGUAGACACCAAGUAAUAAAAAGCAGAGGAAACAGCACCAAGGAACAUCAAAAUCAAAUUCCUGAAAAACAAUCUAAAAGAGAACAUUUUAAAAGCAGCCAAGAGUAGGGGGUAGUAGAUGGAAACACAUGUGUACAGUGGAACAAAGGAUGAUAAAAUGGAAUUACAUUAUUUGAAGAUAGGCGUUGAUUAGUUGAAUGAGUAUAUUGUAAAUCUUAGAACAACCAUUAAAAACUAAAACAAAAACAAGAACAAAAACAGAAAUAUAUAGCUAAUAAGUCAAUCUGCUUAUAAAAUGGAAUCAUGGUGGGGGGGUAGGAUGAAUUGAGAGAUUGGGAUUGGCAUAUAUAUACUGUUGAUACUGUGUGUAAAAUAAAUAACUAAUGAGAACCUACUGUAUAGCAGAGGGAACUCUACUUAAUGCUCUGUGGUGACUUAAAUGGGAAGGAAAUCCAAAAAAGAGGGGAUAUGUGUAUACAUAUAGCUGAUUCACUUUGCUGUACAGUAGAAACUAACACAACAUUAUAAAGCAACUAUACUCCAAUAAAAAUUAAUUAAAAAAUAAAGUUUAAAAUGGAAUCAGGAAAUAAUUCAAAAGGCAGAAAAAAAGAGGAAAUAAAGGAGUAAAUAACGGAUAGGCUAAAUAGCAAACAAGAGCAAGAUGGGAGUUUUAAACUUUAUCAUAUUUUUAACUAUAUUAAUUGUAACACGUGGGAAUAGACCACAGAGGGUCUCAAGUGAACAUUUCUCGGAUGACAGAACUAUUUUAUGCUGUGAUUGCUAUGGUAGUUAUAUGACUACAAACAUUUUCCAAAGUUUGUCAAUUUGUAAACUUAAAAUUGGCUUCUUUAUUGUAUGUGACUUAUAUCUCAAAAAUGCUGAGCAGAAAAAAAAAGUAUAUUUUUCAGUUGGGAAUUCAGCAAGGAAUCACACAAAGGAACACAGCAAGGAGCACAUCAAAGAAAGCCAUCCCAAAGUCUAUUUAAAACAAAUGUUCAGCAUCUCACAAGAGGUUUCUAAUUGGCAUCUUUUCCAUUCUUAAUAAAGUAUCAAUAUUUUAUUUUAAAAGAAUAGUUUCAUUUAAAUUCUUCAUGCUCCUAAAUCAUUUCAGGCUCCCUGGCCUGAAGUACCUCUAGUCACUAGAGACCCACUGCAAGUUAAUGUCAUUCUGUUCUCUUGUGGAUACAGAGACUUUUUAUUUUUCCUUAGGAAAUGCGAGUAAGUGCCUGGGCUUAUGGAGUUUGGGAGUGUGUGUAUGUACAUGUGUCUGUCUAAUCUUUAGCUGUUUUAUGAGAGAAGAAAAUAAUUUGGUUUAUUCUAUGAAGGAAUAUUUUUAAGAAUAAAACCUCACUGUUCAGUAAUCUAGAGAAGUGCUUGUUGAUACCUUUUGGAUGCUCCUUUAUGAUUUAUGAGAUCCUAUAAACAUCGUCAUAAAAAUUUUUGUUCUAUCGUCCUCUUCAUCUUCUUCCUGUUAUGGGAAGCAAAGGGCUUAUUGAGAAAAAGAAGGUAAGGCAUUGAAAGAAAUACAGGAUAUUGAUUACUUUCUGUUCCCUGAGCUUCUGAGACAAUCUAUAUACUGGAAGUGUUUAACUACAAUUUAUGUUCUUAACAUUUGCUUGUAAAUUGGCUUUUGGGGAUGCUGAAUGCAAUUUCCCUGGAAAACAAAGUUAUAAGUCAUAUUUAGGUUCACCAGCUUGUCCGUGGCAGCCUGUUAAUCCAUAACAUGGCACUUUCUUGGUGAGAAAUUCAUUAAACAUCACGUUUCAAAAAAGAUAAAUAUAUUUUCAGCAUCCUCUCAUCUUUCCCACACAUUUUGGUGUCCCCUUGUCCCUUGAACCCUUCACUAUAUAUACUUUCUUUGGGGAAUGGGGCAAAUCAGGAAUUUUUCCAGAGGAUGUCUAACUGGUGAUAUUUCAAAUAUCAAAUAGAUAUUCAAACAUAUCUGACUGGUGAUAUUUCAAAUAGCCUAGGAAAGUGAAAGGAAAUAUUUCAUGCAAAAUAGCAGAAGGAUUUUUUAGAAAAGAAGCAUGCAUACACAGGAACAAGUACAGUUUAUAUAAACAUAGGGAAGACAAAAGGAACUUGGUGAUCAUCUAAUCCAACAGCAUUUCCCACAAUAACAACUUUCUCAAGCCUAUAGACUGCUACCAGUUAUCAUUUUAAAAAAGGAGAGAACUAUGUUUCAAAUGAUGGGAAAACAGUAUGUUAAUAUUAGAAAAGCAUUCAUUCAUUUGAACAUUAAUAUUAUGCUAACGAAUGUUGUGGAUGAUUAAGUGUUGCCUAAACUCACUUGGUUAUGGGGAUUCACCUCAUGGGACUAGUGUUCUGUGAACUAUACUACUUUAGGAAAUAAUGCUUUCAUCUCAUCUUCAAAGAAUAUCAUCAUUAAGGCUUUCCAUCAUUAAUGGUGAGUCCUCUGCUCUUCAGAAGGGUCCCUUUGUAAGAUGUGCUGUCCCUUUAAAGUAGUCCCAUGCAAUGAAGUAUAAUGUAAGGCAUAUAUGGAGGUUACAAUUUUCUGUUUUAAAUUUAUUAGAUUACUAUUGUCUAAAUUUAAAUUAUUUAAAUUAAAAAGGUUUCAUUUAACAUAAAAAGAAACACAUGAAAUUCAGUUUAAUAUAUUUAAUUUAACCCGACGUAUCCAAUAUAUGAUCAUUGCAACAUACAGUCAAUAUAAAAUUAUUAACUCAUGAUGAAGAGGAAAGUUAGAAACUUGCAUUCAGCUAAAAAUAACUCCAUGCUUCUUUUGCUUUUGUGAAAUAUGCUUACUGCACCGAGAAAAACAGAAAAACAGGAUGACCUAGCAAUCCAAUGUAACUUUAAGAUGUUUUGCUAAAAAUGGAAUGUUCUGCACCUGCUCUUGUAAGUUUCUGUUUGGAAACUUCCAUGCCCUGUAAACCAAGUAACCAAUCUACCCAUGCUAACUGUAAACAAGUGUACUGACCCCUAUAAAAGUAAAGUUCACCCUGAGCUGGGGGCCCAGAACUUUGGAGCAUUAGCUCAUCGGGGGCCACUGGCUUAAUAAACCUGAGU